GACAUCAUGGCGGAUGGAUUGUUGUCAAAACUUUCCCCAAAUUUCAAUGUUUAAUUUGUCACGGUAUUUUUUAAAUUGAAAUAAUUUUUUCAUCUCCCAAAAUUUGUCAUUUCGGGUGAGUCUCGGGGUCUGAUCUUUAGGAUCAGCUGUGAUUCUUCGUCAAACCCGAUAUUUGAGAAAAUAUUGGAAUUUUCAGUGGGAAAUAGUGACUUCAAGUGAAAUUAUUGUUUUUAUUUUCAUUCAUGGAAAAUUGAGUUCAUGACAUCAUGGUGAGACUGACUGAGGAGAUGGUUGUGGCCAGGUCACGAAUUUCUGAUCUUACUACUGUUAAAAAACUUAAUUGCUGGUAUCGACUGGCUGUAGUCAGAGCCCUGCCAAACCUAGAAAAGCUAGAUGACAAAUUUGUUACUGCUGAAGAGUUAAACACCGCCUUAUCUCGAGGGAAAAUUCUCAUUCAUCCUCUGGAGAUGGAUGCAUCACCGCCACAAUCAGGUCCAGCAAGUCCCGAGGAAACAGCUGAGUACAUUGAGGAAGCUGAGCCCGAGCCCAACAGAAGAUACAGUUCGUCUAGUGAUCAGAGAAGUUAUGACGAAACACAUGGCCACGACGAAUACACCGACAGGAGGAAUGCUAAUUACAAUGCAUCAUCUCCAAAUCAAUACUCACAAAAUAAUCAUUUUAAUUACGAGACACAGAAUGGCCAAACGAAGGCUCAGCCUCAAGACGAAGGCGUGAGGAUGGAGUCCAGGAAUGGGGAAAACUUGUCUACUAACACUAUUGAGCUUGGGAAGGUAUCACCUUAUUAAAUGCAUCAUUUAUUAAUCUUCAACCUAUGAUUAAAAAUGCUUACAAUUCAUUGGAUGUAUUAGCCUUGAGUCAGACACAAACGUGUCGAUAAUUUUAAUGAAUAAUUCUCAUUAACAAUCCGAUUUCAAUCAGAUGCUGAUUAAUCUCUAUAAAGUAGUUUCACAAGCGAAAGGUGGAAUUAUAUGCCUGAAAAAAUGUCGUUCGAUGAGAUGUUCAUGUUGAGAACUGGAGCAUGAGAUUUUAACAGCUCUGCGUUCUUAUCGUUCGUCUUUCUACUUCUUCAUGUUAUAGAGAAUCAAAACUAGCUGUUCAACUUUAGUUUCGAACAUCUCAAAAUCCGGAGAGUAAAAUAUAAAACGACAGAAGAUCAUGUUUAAAAUCAAGACAAUUUCAUUAGAUUUCGUAUGGAUAGUUAGUCGACAGAGGUUGGAUGGCCUCGGGGUCAUUCGGAUUCACGGACGCUUGACCGGGAAAAUCCCCGAUAGUUUAAGUUUAAGAAUUACGAUCGACAUCUCAACAAGUAAAGACGUGUUUUUCAUUGUGUCAAGAUAGACAUUCAACGGCUUUUCCAAGUACAUCACCGAAUUACUUUCCACAUUAAUUCGCUUUUAAUUGUCGAGUUAAUCAACUAUUCACUUGUUAUUUGUUAUAUUAGUUAUUCAACAAAUAAUAGACAAUUCAGCAAGUUAAAACCAGACGUUUAUGCAUUAGACAAGUCCACGCGGU